AGAACCAAUAUGGCCAAGUCUAGAACUAGUACCAAGAAGAACAACAGCAUUAUCAAGCUCAAGUUUGUCGUAGAAAAGAUACAGAAGAGUCUAAUGUUGGGUUUAAAGUUGAACUCUGAUUGUAGUGAUGAUUCAACAUAUGUGCCAGGAGAUGUCAAGGAAGGCCACUUUGCUGUGGUUGCUGUUUACGGCAGCGAAGUCAAGAGAUUUGUGGUGGCGUUGGAUUAUUUGACGCAUCCCAGAUUCUUGGAGCUGCUGGAGCAAGCAGCGGAGGAGUAUGGUUUUGAUCGUGAGGGUGCCCUAACGAUUCCUUGCCCGCCAAGCGAACUCGAGAAGAUAUUAGAUCGUGAUCAGCAAUGGCAACAGUAAGAGGAAGACUUCGAUCCCCCUCAUUUACUGCUGGUGUUAACUGACCGAUGUGUUUUGCUGAAGCUCUGGUGCAGGAUA